AUGUCGUACCCAUCAUCGGCCACCACUCAAAAAGUUUCCUCUAAGAAAAUCUGCAUUCUACCAUUCCUUCAUGGACUCUUGGACGACGAAUCCAAAACGGACAUCAUCUGCUGGACUGACAAAGCUGCACGAGAAUUUCGUUUCGUGGAAAAACACAAAGUCGCCCAACUCUGGGGAGCUACAAAGCCAAACCGACGACUAGAGGUUAUGACAUAUAGCAAUAUGGCUAGAGUGUUGAGAACGUUCUGCAAGGAUGGAAUGUUGGAGAAGAUCAGUGGGAGAUCCUGUAGAUGGCGAUUUGUGGAUUCUGAAAAUUCCCAACAACCUCUAUUGUUUGGCAUCGACCGUAUUCUGUCUAGUGACUUUGGAAAUGGGUCCUUCCCACCAUCUCCAGCUUCUUCAACUACUUCUGGAUCGCCAAGCUCCACACCUGAAAUCAUCUAG